GGUGUGUGAUGUCACAGGGUGCAUUUGAUAUAAGCGGUGACACUCUGCUCCUCAUGCGUGAUGUCUGACAAUGUGAUCCCUCAGGAUCUGGGAGCUGUUUGUUGUGUAUCAGUGUCAAUGAGAACACUCACGCUCACAACACAGAGUGACUCAGAGCAGAUCAUGUGAUCACCAGACUGUACAUAAAUGGGACCAGCUGAAAAAGCAAAGCAGCUUAGCCGUAGGUCUGAGUGUAUAAGGUCCUCUGGCAAACUCUAAACCCUCAGAGCCAGCUGUAACAAUGAUCACCUGAGAUCAAAUACAGUGUACAGAGGAGGGGUCCUGGGGGAGGGGACAGGGUCUUUGGAGAAGCUGUUGGAAUGGAGCAAAAACGAGCACGCUCUGUGAAACUUAAAGGGUUUUUUUUUCUACCUGUGACAUCAAUGGCUUGACUUUUGUUUUGGGGUGGGGCGCUGCGCUGCACUCAUCUGUCAGAGUCAGCGGUUGCUAUGAUUGGGUUGCACCCUGCGGGGGUCCUGAGGUCAUCAUGAGUGGCGCUCUGAUCUGUUUUGUGUCAAUUGUCCCUCUGCAAUUCUCCCAUGGCUUGUAGCGCCAUGUUGUUCUUCCAGACGCCAGCCGGGCGUUUACCCGUCUGUGCGACAGUGGUGUGACGUUUUGUCUUUGUCACCAUACUGUACAUACUGACUAAGUUAUUAAAGACAUUAUGUUUGCUCCAAAAUAAAUAAACAAGAAAUCUGACCUCCUACUACAGAUGCCUGAACCUCCGUAGGGAACAAAAAAGUUUUGUUAAGGCUUGUCAUGACAAAAAAGCAUGUAAUAACAAGGGCACAGCAAACAUGUUGUCUCUUUCUUUUAUUUAAGAGAAAGCAAUUAAAAUUAAUGACUCAAAUGAAACUAUAAUGGUUACUGGCAUCACCAGCCAAGCCUGGCUGUCUCACUGCAGCAAUUAUUUCCCUGCUAAGGCAAAUCUGCAGGAGCCACAACGGUGAGACGUAGCCUGUGUUUUUUUCUCUUGUGCUACAUACACUCCAGAACAUCAGCUCCACAGGCAAACCACUAAUUAACAAAGGAACAACAAGGGCAAGUGUUGUCAUAUAUUUGAAACAGUAUAAGGGACUUUUCCCAAACCACAAAGACAGGUUAUUGUGUCUUGUCUCUCAGAUCAGCAGAUCUGUGUAUGCUAACAAGUGGGAACACUUUGAAAAGUCACAACUAAUAGCUUGUAUCCCUGCCCUGAAGUGAGGGCCUUUCAGCCUCCACUGCUGCAGAGAGAGGGGACAAAAUAAACAGGAUCUCCUAGUGUGAAUGACAUUAGGCAGAUAAGUCAAUACUACACGUGAGUAUCAAUCAGUGUAUUGUCUCAGAGUUGUUCUAACAGUUGAAGUUAAAACAUACAAGAGUGGUUCCUGUCAGAGUCACGCAGUGCACUGACCUGGACUGUGGUAGAGGCUUUUCACAGGAUGAUGAUGAAUGAUGAUGAUGAUUAAACUGAAUAAAAACGAUAAUAUUUCUUCAGUGUAUUAAUAUAUGAAAACUGCAAUAGACCUUCAAAAUAUUUAUAGUAAUAAAUAAAGUGCAUUAGUGUAGUAUAAAAUAAUUGUGUCAAUUAUCAGUCAAAUAUUGUGGGUUAAUGCAGUUAGAACAUGUUAAAUCACCAAAUAUGUAUGAAUAUAUGUUGUGGUUUUCACAUUAUCGUAUUAUCAGUUUUCUGAUAUAUAUACAUAUGUAAUGACAACUGAAAAAAAGUUAUCCCCAAAGGAAAAAUAGUAGCUUUUCUAAGGUCAAUAAACAACAAAAUUUUAAACAACAAAAAAUGGUUACGUCUAUUUCUUAUAUAUAUAAUCUGGGAUAUAACUUGAAUCAACAAAUCCAUUAAUUAAUCAGAAACCCAAGCAACCAAUCAAAAGUGUUAAAUCAUUUCUGGAUCAAUUAGGUUUCAGUAUUUAUUGACAUGCUAUGCAUAAAACUCUUAUGCUUGAAUAUGAAGCCUUCUCUCUUUUUCUCUGGGCCUCACAGGUCCCUGGCCCUUGGGCAGCAGUACUCGUCUCUGGGCUCCCAACCAAUUCUGUGCGGCUCCAUCCCGGGUCUCGUACCCAAGCAGCUACGUUUCUGCCGCAACUACAUCGAGAUCAUGCCCAGUGUCGCCGAAGGAGUCAAGCUGGGGAUCCAGGAAUGUCAACACCAGUUCAGAGGGCGAAGAUGGAACUGCACCACCAUCAAGGACAACCUGGCAAUCUUUGGUCCUGUCUUAGAUAAAGCUACCAGGGAGUCAGCGUUUGUCCACGCCAUAGCCUCAGCAGGAGUGGCAUUCGCAGUGACACGUUCCUGCGCCGAGGGAACGUCCACCAUGUGCGGCUGUGACUCCCACCACAAGGGACCUCCUGGGGAGGGCUGGAAGUGGGGUGGCUGCAGCGAAGAUGCCGAGUUUGGGGUGCUGGUGUCCAGAGAGUUUGCUGAUGCCAGGGAGAACCGACCUGAUGCUCGCUCAGCAAUGAACCGGCACAACAACGAAGCGGGACGCACGACCAUCCUGGACCACAUGCAUCUUCGCUGCAAGUGUCAUGGUCUCUCAGGGAGCUGUGAGGUGAAAACAUGUUGGUGGGCGCAACCCGACUUCCGCAUGCUGGGUGACUACCUGAAGGACAAGUACGACAGCGCCUCAGAGAUGGUGGUGGAGAAGCACCGGGAGUCCCGAGGCUGGGUGGAGACGCUUCGAGUCAAAUACGCCUUCUUCAAACACCCCACCGAGCGUGACCUGGUCUACUACGAGGGCUCGCCAAAUUUCUGUGAGCCCAACCAGGAGACGGGCUCCUUUGGGACGCGUGACCGUGUCUGCAACGUGUCGUCGCACGGCAUUGAGGGCUGUGACCUGCUGUGCUGCGGCCGCGGCCACAACACCCGGACUGAGAAACGCAAAGAGAAGUGUCACUGCAUCUUCCACUGGUGCUGCUACGUCAGCUGUCAGGAGUGCGUGCGCGUGUAUGACGUGCACACGUGUAAGUGAACCCAAAGAGGCUUGGGACUUUAGACAAACUGAAUGCCGGACUGCAAGUGCUGCCCACUCACUGACCCCUUCACUCCGUCUCUCCACACAUUUACAUAAACACACUCAUCGGGAGAUGACUGAGCUCUGACUGACUGAGCUCACUUCUGUAGAAUCCAUUUUUCAUAUCACAGUUUUUACCAGACCUGCUUAGAAAAGUCUGCUCUGAUUGGAAGAAGUUUAAGUGGUGAUUCUUCUCCCUGCUGCCUUGGGCCACAACCCCAACCCCUUUUCCUGCCCCCUUGUCUUUAUUUAUUUCCCCACUUCAUGCCACCAACACAUCUCGUGGCGUGUUCCGUAACAACUUUUUACCUGUGAGAUUAAUGCAGUAAAACACAAACUUUCAGACUCUUUGCUUUUUGAGUAAACUAACACCUCACGUCUCUGGCCAGUCUGGGCUGUUUUUAUUGAUUUUUGUUUCUUCUUUUUUAACUAAACCAACCUUUAAGUGAUACUGAACACGUUGGCAGCCACCAACCCUCCAGGAAACUAUCACUUUGUGACUACUGAACUGAACUAAGACUACUGAGCUGAUGACUUUCUCAGUUUUUGUUUUUCACUCCUCCCUGCUGACCAACUCUGCUGCACCAGUCGACUGGGAAGCCCAGAAGAUAUACGCUACAGCCUGAUUUUAUAUCUUGCAUUUCUGACAUAUUACCAAUAGGCUGGGAGUGGAGGUAUGCGAGCGGGAGCAUGUGUGCGAACCACAUGCUCGUUCCACAACAACCCUACACAUGUAUUUGUAUGCACUAUUCAGUCAGACAUAAUCCUCAGCGGUAAAAAAAAUAUGAGCCCACAGUUACGAGUAACACAGUUCUGCAGAAAUGCUCGCUUUGCGAGGCCGAUCAACCUGUUGAUUGCUCAUGGUUUUCCACAAAUGUGACGCAACACGUUAUGACUUAAUUCACUUCGGAGAGCCUUGCGGUCGCCACAACCACCAAACACGGUGCAGGAAUAGCACAAGCGAGGAGGAGAUAAUUUACGGUGUUUCAUCUAUACACGUUUACAUCAGACUGGGGUCGAGUCUUGGCACGUUCUGCGUUCGUCCUGGGUUUUGAGACUAAAGUGAGCAAAGUAGUUUUUAUCUAAUGCUUCACGCAGUCGUCAGGUCCAAAUGGAAGCAAAUCUUUGCUUUUAUCACAGUAAUAAAAAUGAAGGGGGACAUGUGAUGACAUGUGGAAACCAGAGUGCAGACUAGAACCUUCCUUCUGUCAUUCUCUCCAUAUUUUCUCUCCAUUAGACAUGGAAGUCUGAUUUAUUAACCUUUUAGUCUUGUCAGUGCAACCCAAAACAUUCCUACUGUUUAGGUAGCAUUAGCGCAUUGUUCUUAAGAGUCAAAUUUCUCCUCUUACACCUUAUAUUAUACUUUAACUACCAUGUUUCAAUGAGUGACUAUAAUUUCAAGUACACUGUCCUGCAGACUGAGGAAGAUUAAAUGAAGUAGAUACAGUAGAUAUAAUUAUCACUGAUUAAAGCCAAUAAGAUGGUCAAUGCUUUUGCAGCCAGUCCUGGUUUGACCAACUUUUGUUUUGAGCUUAAAUUGACAAAAUAUUUACAGAAAAAGUUCAGAGAUACAUAAAAAAAUCUGGAAAUCUAAUUUUAUACUCUGUGGUAAUAUUCAAGUUACAAAUAAAAAUGAGUUAACAAAUAUUUGAUAUUGCUACUUUUUCUAAAGAGAGCCAAAACUUUGUUUAUAUCAAACUUCUUUCCAUCUUACACUGAAUGUUAAAAUUCAGGUUAGAAUUUGUUUUUCUUAUCCAAAAUGUAUGUCUUCAAAAAUAAAUAAAAAAAAAGCUUUAUUAAUCUAUCUAUCUAGCUCUUGUCAGCACUGAAUCUUCUAAAAUCAGGCAUCUUUUGGGAAAAUUCCUAUUAUUUAAGUCAGUAUUCUAAGCUGUUACACAGAAACAGCCACAAGAACUCUUUGCAGGACCACAUAUAAAGAUAAAAAAGAGAUUAAAAAUUAGGGAGCAAACACUAAAAUCCUUCUUUGGGUAGCUAGUUGAGCUAUUUAAUCAUUUCUUUUUCAAGUCUUUUUCUCUAAUAAAGUGUUUUUUUGGUUGUUUUUUUUUUUUUUUUUUUGACACGGAUGUCAGCUUCAGUUGAAUCUUUUUUAACAGUGCUAUAAAAUAUACUUCAGGUAAAAUAUAGUUGGAAUUUUGGAGGGUUAGUGAACAACUCAUGUUGAACAACUCUUGAUUCCUGAUCCUGAAAACGUGAAAACAGCUGUGUGAGAUGUUGAUGUUUGUCUAAGCAUGAUGGCUGCUAGUGACAGAAGUGGAGAGAUGGAUGGAUGGAUGGAUGGAUGGAUGGAUGGAUGGAUGUGGCUGUUUUUUUUUUCUUUUACAACACUGGUUUCUACACAUGUUCUGACAGUCCCACCGUCUUCCUAUUAAUUAUAUUCAGCAGCACAAACACAAGUUACCCAGUAAAAGUACUCCUCUCUGUGUGUGACAUAACUUAGCAUUUGCGUCACCUUCUACGCAGCCCUUCUCCUUUCCCCCCAAAGUCUUCCUUCCACCUUGGAUCCAUCUACAUCCUGUGUUUGGUUCCCUCCAUGGCCCCACGACCCGUGACUUCUACCCCGCUAUAUCCAAAGUUUUGUACAGAUGUUUUAAAGUGAAUAAUUCCCUUUUUAUUUUAUAAUCGUAAAUGUUAUGUUUUUAUAAAUAUUAUUUAUUAUACAAUGUAUAUAUCUGUAUGACUGAGCUAAGAUUAUAUAUUUGAACAACCAAAGUGUCCUGUGACUUCUUUACUUAUUUACACCCCACAGACAACUCACAUACAACUUUAGUAGCAACAAAUGAUGAUAGUUUUCGUUUUGUAAUUCUGAAGAAACUGAAACCUUUAAUUUGGUCAUUCCUUUUCAACAUCUAUUUGUCAAACAAUAGGACAAGAACGAUGACUUUUUUUCACAUGAGACUCUUUAGCCUUUGUGCUUGGGCUCCCUGAGAUUUUAUCUGUUUUUAAAGGGGCAAAAAUCGUGACCGUUUUCCACCAUCUAAGAAAACUUUCCAUAAAUUAUUUUACAUCAAGAACAGAAACACACAAAUCCUUUCAUUUGUGUGUGCGCCGCCUAAAGUAAAUUACUAAAGAAAAAAAACAUGUUUUUAUUCAGUUCAAGUGUAAUACUCUCCAAAGAAUGAUUUUCUGUACUUUCACAGAGUGACAGAUAAACACAGAUGUAGUGGAGGAUUGGAAAAAAGUCUUUAUUUGUGAGAUUAAGUGUGCAUCUUCAGACGCCAGGAUGCUUAUAGAGGUUAACUUCCAUUAGAAUGAUUGGUGAUCACUGAAUUUAUGACCAUGUUAGACUGGAAUUAUUAUCAUUAUGAUGAAAUUCUCGGAAAUCAGCGGAUAACGAUGACGAGAAAUCUUUAGACGAGCAUCCUCCAUGAGUCGGAAUGAUAAGAACAAAACUUGUGCUCACAAGCAAACGGGAUCUAAAUCAACAGUCAACA